AUGUAUCGAACUUUUGUGUCGAAUGUGUUAAAAUCAAUUAGCAUAUUGUUGCUGUUGCUGCUACCUUUGUCCAGCAGCCAAUUGGAAUUGAAUGAAUCGUUUGUCUAUACCCCCAAGCAAUUGGAGGCCUUUAAGAUCUUUGACGAUGAGCAAUCGGAGUCCACCCAGAUUAUGGCCAGAAGCUUCAUAUGUGUCCCACUAUUUCGUAUAUUCAAUUUGGAAUUGAAAUAUAAUAUGAAAUUGUCGCCAGAUGAAUCUAUAGCAGUGAGUGGAGAUCAUACGGCUCUCGGACACUGGCGUCUGGAGAAGGCUUUGCCAAUGAAGGAGCAAAAUGCAGCCAGAACAAAAUGGUAUCUAAGAGUCUGGAUAUGUGCCACUCAGCGUUUCUAUUAUCGCUAUGUUAUCUUUACCAAAAAUUCUGAAGGUGAAAGAGUCCUCAGACGCUGGGAGGGACAACAGGUGGCCAGAAUGUUGCAAACAUAUGAGAUUUAUCGUUCACCCGGUUUGGAUGUCUUUGGCGAAGCCUAUCCACGAUCCGAGGGUGGUGGUCUAAGGGUCGAACAAGGUUGGCUGGAAAGUGAAUAUGUUAUUGAAUUGAAAUUCAUUUGGGAUCAGCAUAUAACAAUAAAUGGCCUAACAAGUAAUGCCAAAUUUCGAUUGCUUUUAACCCCGUUAAAUGUUUUAGAUAACGCUAGAAUCGAAAUAUCCAGAUAUAUAUACAAUAAGUCCACAUUCCAUUUACAAUCGCAAUUGGGUGUACGCUAUAGUCCUGGAAAUAUUGUGAUCUAUCGAAUCUAUCAAUCGUUAAGUACCAGAAAUAGCUUUCGCCUGUCUAUAUAUCAAGCCAAGGAGCCCAAACAUUCACUGGGUGAGGUGUUCAUCUUUCCCGAUCAAAUUAAAGGCAGUCGUGGGAUACUACAAUUGCCCAUACUAUCGGCAUUUGAAAGUCCGCUGGGCAUUGGUCAGCUAAUGUUACCCUAUCUGGUAGUCCAACCCAUGCCACAAAUCGAGCUAAGCAAUCUACGUGCCAGCUUUCAACAGUAUUGGCCCAAUAAUUGGCCCACCAUGGACAUAGGUCAUCGUGGUCUAGGGGCCAGUUAUUAUCAAACGAAUACCAAAUUUACUGAAAAUACCAUUGAAAGCUUCCUCAGUGUUACGGAGCAUAAGGGAGAUAUGGUUCAAUUGGAUGUGCAAUUGACCAAAGAUUAUGUGCCCAUUGUGUGGCAUGGAUUUGGUUUCUAUACAGCUCGCAAAGAUCAUCUCAUACAGGAUCGUUUCGAUUUGCACUAUGUGCUGAUAAGAGAUCUCACCUACAAAGAGCUGAAAGCCAGUCGAGUCUUUAUACUUCGACGCUGGUCCGUACAGGAGUACACGCAUUUGAAUGUCAAAGAUGUCAAUCAAGUCCAAAGAAUCUUUCCAAAACUCUCGGAAGUCUAUGAGAGUGUACCAAAAUCGCUGGGUCUUUUGGUGGAAAUCAAAUGGCCUCAACUUAUGGCUUCCGGUGUCUUGGAAUCGACACAGGCCCACAAUAAAAACGUCUAUGUGGAUCGCAUCAUACAGACUACCAUACGCUUUGGUUGUGGCAGGCCGAUAAUUUUCAGCAGCUUUGAUGUUGAUAUUUGUACAAUGGUGCGGCUCAAGCAGCACACUUUCCCCGUCCUUCUGAUGAGCAUUGGACGAUCGAAUAUCUGGGAUCCUUAUAUGGAUUUGAGAACUCAAAGUUUUCUUCAGGCUGUGAAUUUUGCUGAUUCUGCCGAAAUACUUGGCACCGCCUUGCAUGUGGAGAACUUUUUGGUCAAACAGGAAUUGGUUAACCUCGGCUUGGAUCAGCAACAAGUUGUCUUUCUAUGGGGCAACGAUUUGGCCGAUGAACAAAUGCUCGAACAAUUUCGGGCAAUGGAUGUCAAUGGCCUAAUCUACGAUCAUAUGGAUCGUGUGGGACCCUCACAAUGGAAACGAGCUCCCUUCUUUAAGGCUCAUCAGCUAGUCGAAAUAUUUGGUGGUCAGUGUGUGGCAAUUGGUAAUUCGUCCUCGAUUCCAGGUGUCAAGCCAGCCAAACCAACAAUUUGGCCAAAGUUGAGAUAGUUCAAACUUAAAACGUUGUGUUUCAAAAAUAGUGCCAAAAAAUUACUAGGAACUAAAAAACAAAAGCAGG